AUGACUUCGCUCUACGACGUCAGCGUCCCCAUUAUCAGGGAGUCGCUGCAGACGGCAUCCUCCAUUCUCCGCAAAGGCGUUAAACAUGCCCAGGCCAACAACAUCUCCGACGCCGACCUCCUCGGCGCGCGCAUCUACACCGACAUGGUGCCCCUGCCGAACCAAAUCCUCAUCCUGCACCGCGUGACGGAGCGCUUUAUUGAAAAAGUCGCGGGCCGCCCUACAAGCACUGACCUCACGGGAGUCUUGUCGCCCUACGAGGGAAACGUUCAGCAUCUGUUUGACCUCUUGGACGAGGCGAUUCGGGAUCUGGACGCCGUUGCCAGAGAGUCCGUCGACGGCAAGGAAGAUUUCGAGUUUACCUUUGAUCUCGCGACGCAGAUCAGAAAAGCAACGGGUGCUAAUUACGUGCAUCGAUACGUUGUACCAUAUAGUAUGUCUUUUCAGCCAUGUGUUGCACACUAA